AUGCCUUUCAAGCAUCGAUGGGCCGUGGCGUCCGUCUCUCUUGGCACGCAUCCUUCUCAUACCCUGGAGUGCAAGAUCGAGGCACUGAACAAGUUUGGUUUUGAUGGCAUUGAGCUUGUGUGGUCAGAUUUGGCUCAGCACGCUGCCUCACGUCGGCAAAACAUGACCGAGUCUGCGAAGCAAAUACGAGACUACGCCGACCUUCACCAAAUAACAAUUUUGUCGCUCAACCCCUUUAAAUUCUUCGAAGGGAACCUAGGUAGUGGUUUGGAUGAACGACUUCGACAGGUUCGAGAAUGGUGUUAUAUCGCCACUGUUCUCAACACUCAAAUCUUGCAAAUGCCUUCCCAGUUCCUUGCUGACAGCACUGGCGAUGAAGAGAUCAUUGUUAGAGAGCUGCAGGAGGCGGCAGAUCUUGCGGCACAAUAUGGCUUAAGCAUCGCCUAUGAAGCUGUAGCAUGGUCUCCCCACAACUCUCGCUGGCAAGAUGCGGCUCGUAUUGUCGAGUCUGUCGCAAGACCUAAUUUUGGCCACUGUCUAGACUCAUUUCACAUUCAUGCGAAGCUUUGGGGUGACGCGCGCUCAGCGGAUGGCAAGCUUCCGGAUGCAGAUAAGGUAACAAAUGCCUCGUUGAAGGAGCUGCCCGGAUGGUUCGCGAAAAACAAAGUCAUGUAUAUACAGCUGUCCGAUGGAGCACGUUUUGAUCCCCCGCUGAAAGAGGACUCCCCUCUGAUGGAAGGGCUAGAGGUGAAAGAUUACAGGUUGGCGUGGUCAAGAUCAGCUCGGCCUUUUCCUUUGGAGUCUCCAGGGUAUUUCCCGAUGGAGAAUCUGGUAAACUGCCUUUUCCAAGAGGCAAACUGGAAAGGCUGGAUCUCAUUAGAGGCAUUUUUGAAGGAGACAAAAAUGCAGGAUAACGGCCCUGAGGAAAUGGCAGCCAGGGCAAGAGCAUCUGUCGACGCUAUAUGUCGAGUAGUGGGAGCGUAA